AUGGCCGGAGUCGAAACUCUCUGGCGGAGAGAGGCAAUGUUCUUGACGGCGAUGCUUGCGUCGGAAACCGGUAUUGUCGGUAUGAAUACUCUGUUUAAAGCAGCGACUUCAAAGGGACUCAACUCUUACGCUUUCCUCGGCUACUCGUAUCUUCUUGCUUCUCUUCUCCUUCUUCCUUUUCCUUUCUUCUCCCACAGGUCAAAAUCACUUCCUCCAUUAAGUUUCUCAAUACUAUGUAAGAUAGGACUUCUUGGACUAUUAGGAUCAACAUAUGUGAUCACGGGAUACAUAGGAGUUAGAUACAGCAACCCAACCUUAGCCUCCGCCAUUAGCAAUAUCACUCCUGCUCUUACCUUCAUCCUCGCCGUUAUCUUCAGGAUGGAAAAGUUAACUUUCAAAGAAAGGAGCAGUGUAGCCAAAGUGAUGGGAACAAUAUUGUCAUUAGUAGGCGCACUUGUGGUAGUACUCUACCAUGGUCCACGUGUCUUUGUCGCAUCUUCUCCGCCGUAUCUAAAUUUCCGUCGGCUUCCUUUGCCUUUAUCAUCUUCAAAUUCCGACUGGAUCAUUGGUGGAUGUCUUCUUACCAUUAAAGACAUCUUCGUUUCUGUUUCUUUCGUCCUACAGGCACAUAUAAUGACUGAAUAUCCAGCAGCAUUCACAGUCUCCUUUUUCUAUACUCUAUUCGUUUCAAUAUUGACGUCGUUGACUGGACUCGCUGUCGAGAAGAACAAUCCAAGCAUUUGGAUCAUUCGAAUUGAUAUUGCCUUGAUAACCAUUGUAACUAUGGGAAUAUUCACUCCAGUAUACUACGUUAUUCAUUCAUGGACAGUACGUUACAAAGGACCUCUUUACUUAGCGAUAUUUAAGCCAUUGUCAAUUCUAAUAGCAGUGGUUAUGAGCGCAAUUUUCCUCGGCGAUUCUCUCUAUCUCGGAUGUUUGAUCGGAGGAGUCUUGAUAACGUUAGGGUUUUAUGCUGUGAUGUGGGGGAAAGCAAACGAAGACAAGUCUCGGUUACUGUCACUUAUAGAAAAAGAGAAUAUCCCUCUUCUAUUGAACCACGACGACGAUCAAAUUUAG